CGGCCUGCAGCAGGACCCACAACAUGGAGGCGGCCGUCAGCACCCGAGACGGCGGGGACCAGGGCGCCGCGGGGUGCCGCGAGGACGCGACGUCCAUGGACGCCUAUCUGCGGAAACCGGGCUUGUAUGGGAAAAUGGUCUCCAAGGACGGGUCGUGCCUGUUCCUGGCCGUGGCGGAGCAGGUAUUGCACUCUCAGUCUCGCCAUGUUAAUGUCAGAAUGACCUGUAUUCACUAUCUUCAAGAGAACAGAGAGAAAUUUGAAGAGUCACCUGCCGAGAUCUUGAAUCGCCUUGUCCCUCAGUCUGGAAGUCCUGGCUCGAGGCCCUCUGCAGACAGGUGUCCAGUUGAGUUCCUGCUCUGCCAAGUUGCCCUGCUGGCCAGAUCGCUCCUGUCUUCCCAACACAGUGCUGUCACUGCCUCUUGCUGCUGCAUGAUCCCUGGGCCCAUCCAUGUCCUGUCUAGGAAAACUUUCUAACGUUGUUUCCUUAUUCAGAGUAUUUUUUAUGUUUACGAUCUUUACUUAAUGAUUUGUAUAUAUUUUCAUAAUGAGAUUUUUUUGUGUGUGUAUAUAACUUGAUGCAUCCAAGGUUUGUGCAGCAGUGCAGAGGCUAAUUUUUUUCCCUUCAGUUUGGUGGUGAUUCUUAGGAGUUGCUCUGUAGGGAAGAGUAUCUAAAACUUACUACAAGUAAGAGAGUAUGUGUCCUAGGAAGUAUAGAUAUGAUGUUAUAGACAUUCAGUUUUAUUUCUAGCUGGGCUGGCGAAGAUAGAGUGAGUUGGCAUUUGAAGUCUGAAUAGUUGCUGAGGAAGAAAUGCCUGGGGUGAAGGGUUAGUUCCUGGUAGUGAAAAAAUUGUGAUCAAGGCAGAGUUAGAAGGCAGUUCAGUCAGUGUGGAGCAUGGAGCAAGCAAAGGAAGUAGGGAGAAAAAAGUCAGAGGGCAGGCUGUGGACCAGGUCAUGGGAGAGCCACCAGUGCUAGGGUCAGUAGUUUGGAGCUUAUACUUCAAGGCAGCACUUCUCAAGAUAAUCUCUUUUCUCUCAUAUUGUAUCUCUAUGGUAGACUACUACAGACCAUCUGCAUUAAUAGUACCAGAGGUGAUUGUAAAAGUGCAGAUUUUUACAAUACUGGAAUACUGGUCUAUAUUCCAGACCUUAAUUAAUGUCUCUGUAUUUGGGGCGUGGAAAUAUGGCACUGGGAAGGCUUUCAACUUUUUUGAAGCAAGAAGUGCAUAUUUUUCACACCGUUAACCAAAAAGAGUGCCUGUUUUUGCUGGCAGUCUGAAUGGUUGAUGAAAGAACAUUAUAUAUAAAGAUGGUUGGGAGGGAGGUGAGACAGAGGCAGGAAGACCCAUUGCAAUGGUUUAGGAAAAAGAAUUGUUUACUACAUGGAAAAAUGUGCACACUGUAUUAAAGUAUAAAAAAGGUACAAGUAUAGUAUUAUACCAAUAGUUUUGGAGACAAAUAGCCUCUGAAGGCCUUUCUGCUAAAUCCACUCCUGAGUACAUUUUUAUUUAAAUGAUGUCAGGACUGAGUUUUUCCCACUGAUACCAUGGUCACAAAUUCCUUUCUUGAAGUUUAUAUUUUUUCAUUUUAGUAUUAAGCACUCUUUGAAGGCAAGGAUUGUGUAUUUUGUUGCCUUUGGAAUUCCCUUUGUUACCUUUCGGUUUGGGGUGCCUGCUUGCUCUGUAUGUGUUGACUGAAUGUUAAGCCCAUAUAACAUUGUAUUUAACAGAUAGGAAAGAUAACCAAGAGUGUGUUAACAGUCCUGAUCUCUAGGUGGUAAUGUGACUGGUGAUUUUUAACUUCUAUGUAGAAAAUAAAAGACGACUUAAUAAUUUUUUAAUUCAGACAACCCCCUCAAUGUUAUUUUACCAAUAGUCCUGGUGAAGCAGUUCUGGCUAUCAGACUGUGAGGGUCUGAGAACGGACAGACAUAAUGGGAGUGGAGAGAACUGUACAGAGGGAGGAAUUGAGGUGGUGGGAACUGACCUGACUGACUAGAGGUCUGCGGGAGAGAAGGAGGGAAAGCUGCU